AUGACUGGCGCCACGCAGGUGUGCUGCUACGAUUUCGCCGGCUGGUUGAUGUUCUCGCAAGACUUCGACUAUACUGAAGACUACGUGAAGUACUACGCGGCAGGAGUUGCCUAUCGAGCCGACCCCUGGGGUGCAUACAUGUACAAAAAACCACCAAAUGUUCCCAGCUGGUCGAACUUCUACAACGACCUGUUGCCCUACGACGUCUGCUGUCGCUGGGCGAAACACUGCGAAUUUUACUAUUGGCGCAGACCAACGUCCAGCUGCCAAGGAUACCUUCCGUCGAGAAUAGGUACCAUAUAUGGCAGUGGGCACGUGAUUACCUUCGAUGGAACUAAAUAUGACUUUCACGGAAGCGGUGAUUACGUGUUGAUCGUGUUGAAAUCACCCAACAUUGAUCUCAGUGUUCAAAUUCGCAUGGAAACGAUUCCGAAAUCCAAAAGUAUUUUUAUUUUAGUGAGCGUAGUUACGGGAGUUGCAGUACAAGACACCGGUUCGUCCGUAAUCCAGGUAUUGGCCCGAAAAGAGCACAAAAGAUGGCGCUAUCGAACCGACAUCUUUGCCGACUCGCUGCAGUACUUUCUG